AUGGAUCAGACGAAUCUGUGGGAGAGGACGCCCGAGUAUGGGCCAGGACCGGGCCCCUAUCCCAAUGUCCUCGAUAUUCCUACUCCCCCGCUGCAGGCCGCGGCGGUGUUCAUCAUGUUUGUUCUUCCUGGCAUCGCGGUCAUCAUUUUCGCUCUGCGAGUGUAUACUCGUGUCACGAUGAGGACGUUGGGCGUUGAUGAUUAUCUUUGUGGUUUGGCACUCGUCUCGGCCAUCCUUGUCUCAUCAACUCUAUUUAUGUUCUUUAAGCUUAACUACUAUGGAUGGGAAGACGAAAAGGUCCCGGACUACGAUCCGUCUGCCGGCCUAUGGUGGAACUUCUUCGAGCAGCUUUGCUAUAACCCCGUGCUGGCACUCGUGAAGUGUUCCAUUCUUGUUUUCCUGCUUCGACUGGGAGGAAUCAACGAUACUGUAUUCAAAGUCAUCUGGGGUCUUAUGAUCUUCACCAUCCUCCACGCCAUCGCCGUCUUCUUUGGCGCGCUCUUCCAAUGCGUACCGAUUGCAACGAACUGGCAUCCCGAGUUGAGGAAGGACCCCAAUACGAGGUGUAUCGACAACAGCUUUCACAUUAUCCAGUCCAGCAUCACAAUUGCCACUGAUGUGGCUAUCUUAGCACUGCCCUUUUGGAUUUUUCUCGGUCUUCGAAUGGCCAAGGGUGCAAAGAUUGCCGUGCUUGGAGUGUUCCUUGUCGGUGCAUUCGUACCAAUCGUUGCCAUCAUUCGAAUCGUCAACAUCUACCGACUCCUCUAUCUAGGAGAGAAAACAAGGCACUACAACAUCGCUUACGUCUGGACUGCCGUGGAGGUCAACCUCGCUGUCAUCUCUUGUUCCAUGCCCGCCCUCCGCCCACUGUUCAGCCGCUGGUACCCAAAGCUCUUCGGCACAGAUUCGGGUGGCAAGUCAAACAGCACGCCCUAUGACAACUCCCUCGGGCAGACGUCCAGGGCCACGGCCCAGAACAACAGGUCCAACGUCAGGGACAGCAGCCACUACGCCCUCAAGGACCUCCACCCCGCCAGAAAGCACAACCAGCAUACCGAGAUCCGCGGCAUCUCACCGUCCGGCUCGGAGGAGGAGAUUAUGACCUACAACGGCAUCUUGCGGACUACCAACGUCGCAGUCCAGUACGAGGAUACCAAGAAGAGCGAUAACGACUCACAUGUGUCAAGCGAUAUCGCGGGAGUUACGGCCGGUCAUGAAAACAAGCACUCGGAAAGAGAGUUUUGA